CUUACCUCUGGGUGUCAAAUCACUUUCCCUCAGACUCUGCUUUCUCUAAAGGUCCAGGAUGCUGCAGCCUCCCAGCCUCCCCAGCGUGAGCGGGGUGCCAGGCAUGGUCCAUGUGGAGGGGCGGGGUCUGCGUGCUGGCGGGGUGGGUGCAGCAGCGUGUGUUUCUCGUUGCAGACCUUCACUGCCUGGUGCAACUCCCACCUCAGGAAAGCCGGCACUCAGAUCGAGAACAUCGAGGAAGACUUCCGGAAUGGCCUUAAGCUCAUGCUGCUUUUGGAAGUCAUCUCAGGGGAAAGGCUGCCCAAACCCGACCGAGGGAAAAUGCGGUUCCACAAAAUUGCCAACGUCAACAAGGCCUUGGAUUACAUCGCCAGCAAAGGGGUGAAACUGGUGUCCAUCGGGGCUGAAGAAAUCGUGGACGGCAACGUGAAGAUGACGCUGGGCAUGAUCUGGACCAUCAUCCUGCGCUUUGCCAUUCAGGACAUCUCAGUUGAAGAAACCUCCGCCAAAGAAGGUCUGCUGCUUUGGUGCCAAAGGAAGACGGCUCCUUACAGAAACGUGAACAUCCAGAACUUCCACACGAGCUGGAAGGACGGCCUCGGACUCUGUGCGCUCAUCCACAGGCACCGGCCCGACCUCAUUGACUACUCAAAGCUGAACAAGGAUGACCCAAUAGGAAAUAUCAACCUGGCCAUGGAGAUUGCUGAGAAGCACCUGGAUAUCCCCAAAAUGCUGGAUGCUGAAGACAUCGUGAACACCCCGAAGCCCGACGAAAGAGCCAUCAUGACCUACGUGUCCUGCUUCUACCACGCCUUCGCGGGCGCGGAGCAGGCUGAGACAGCGGCUAACAGGAUAUGUAAGGUUCUUGCUGUCAAUCAAGAGAAUGAGAGGCUGAUGGAAGAAUAUGAGAGGCUAGCGAGUGAGCUCCUGGAAUGGAUUCGGCGCACGAUCCCCUGGCUGGAGAACCGGACCCCUGAGAAGACCAUGCAGGCCAUGCAGAAGAAGCUGGAGGACUUCCGGGAUUACCGUCGGAAGCACAAGCCACCCAAGGUGCAGGAGAAGUGCCAGCUGGAGAUCAACUUCAACACCCUGCAGACCAAGCUGCGGAUCAGCAACCGGCCGGCCUUCAUGCCCUCCGAGGGCAAGAUGGUGUCGGACAUCGCGGGCGCCUGGCAGAGGCUGGAACAGGCAGAGAAGGGUUACGAGGAGUGGCUGCUGAAUGAGAUUCGGAGGCUGGAGCGUGUGGAGCACCUGGCAGAGAAGUUCAGGCAGAAGGCGUCCACGCACGAGACCUGGGCUUACGGCAAAGAGCAGAUCUUGCUGCAGAAGGAUUACGAAUCGGCGUCCCUGACCGAGGUCCGGGCUCUGCUGCGGAAACACGAGGCGUUCGAGAGCGACCUGGCAGCGCACCAGGACCGUGUGGAGCAGAUCGCGGCCAUCGCGCAGGAACUCAAUGAGCUGGACUAUCACGAUGCCGUGAACAUCAACGAUCGCUGCCAGAAAAUCUGCGACCAGUGGGACCGGCUGGGGACCCUCACCCAGAAGAGGCGAGAGGCCCUGGAGAGAACUGAGAAGUUGCUGGAAACCAUCGAUCAGCUUCACCUGGAGUUUGCCAAGAGAGCUGCUCCUUUCAACAACUGGAUGGAAGGGGCCAUGGAGGACCUGCAGGACAUGUUCAUCGUGCACAGCAUCGAGGAGAUCCAGAGCUUGAUUACUGCGCAUGAGCAGUUCAAGGCCACGCUGCCGGAGGCGGACGGGGAGCGGCAGUCCAUCAUGGCCAUCCAGAACGAGGUGGAGAAGGUGAUCCAGAGCUACAACAUCAGGAUCAGCUCCAGCAACCCCUACAGCACUGUCACCAUGGACGAGCUGCGGGCCAAGUGGGACAAGGUGAAGCAGCUCGUGCCCAUCAGGGAUCAGUCGCUGCAGGAGGAGCUGGCCCGCCAGCACACCAAUGAGCGUCUGCGGCGCCAGUUCGCCGCCCAGGCCAAUGCCAUCGGGCCCUGGAUCCAGAACAAGAUGGAGGAGAUCGCCCGCAGCUCCAUCCAGAUCACGGGCGCCCUGGAGGACCAGAUGAACCAGCUGAAGCAGUAUGAGCACAACAUCAUUAACUACAAGAGCAACAUCGACAAGCUGGAGGGCGACCACCAGCUCAUCCAGGAGGCCCUGGUCUUCGACAACAAGCACACCAACUACACCAUGGAGCACAUCCGCGUCGGGUGGGAGCUGCUGCUGACCACCAUCGCCAGGACCAUCAACGAGGUGGAGACCCAGAUCCUGACGCGAGAUGCCAAGGGCAUCACCCAGGAGCAGAUGAACGAGUUCCGGGCCUCCUUCAACCACUUCGACAGGAGGAAGAAUGGCCUGAUGGACCAUGAGGAUUUCAGAGCCUGCCUGAUCUCCAUGGGCUACGACCUGGGUGAAGCUGAGUUCGCCCGCAUCAUGACCCUGGUGGACCCCAAUGGGCAGGGCACCGUCACCUUCCAGUCCUUCAUCGACUUCAUGACCAGGGAGACGGCCGACACCGACACUGCCGAGCAGGUCAUCGCCUCCUUCCGCAUCCUGGCUUCCGACAAGCCGUACAUCCUGGCGGAGGAGCUGCGCCGCGAGCUGCCCCCGGACCAGGCCCAGUACUGCAUCAAGAGGAUGCCCGCCUACUCGGGCCCCGGCAGUGUGCCCGGAGCCCUGGAUUACACCGCCUUCUCCUCCGCCCUCUACGGGGAGAGCGACCUGUGAUGCUGAGUUCUGUAACCACGGGUCCCAUCAGAACGCAAUAAAAGCUGAAGUCACGGUUUGUUUCUUGGAAACUUUGACAAGCUUCAUUAAGUUAAGAGAGAAUUUUUUGCAGUUCAGUUUUUGCUAGCAGUGUUAAUCUGGCUGGGGUUAAGUUUUUACAGUGUAUGACAUGGUGUGCUUCACAAAUAGGUUUAUUUCUGAGUUUUUAGCUAAAUGCAAUGAAAUGUCAGGUGUUUUGUUGGGUCCUUUGAUAAAAUAAAGCAGAUUACUUGAGUAGUAUGGAAUUAGGAGGGCCUAGGGACAGAAAAAAAGCACAAAACGGGAAAAUUCCAAAACAGUCCAGAUUUAAGACUAGGGAAAAAAAGCAAAUGAUAUUUAAAAAAUAUUCUUUGCAUCUAAUUUGCUGAUAUGAUUAUCCCUAGGGGAGGAUGCCGGGGAUCUUGGUGUUUCACUUUCUUGCUUAUCCAAAGAUUAGCUCUAUUUAAGGUAAAUGGUACUGUUGGCCUCGUUAGCUGAAUUUAAUAUUGUGAGAUGGAACUUCCAGGGAAUAGAAACAGAUUAUGCAAAAGAUGUCUAGUACUUACAAAGUGUUCUGUGGGGAUUACCGCCGGCUCUUCAUUAUUAGGACUACGUCGUCUAGUGAGUGGGUUUCAAUGCCUUACUUACCCUCCAAAGUAGGGACCUCAGGGAACGUGGAAGACAGUUUAAUUGCCAGAGAGAAAGAUGGAAUCGCUAGGCAAGAUGAGUGUUUUAGGAUUAUUUCUUGAUUCCAGGUUUCUGUGCUUUUUCCUGAGGUUGUCAGUAUGCUAGGCUCUCCAGAGAUGACCGAAGAUGUCUGUAGCAAUAGUUCACACAAGGGGACACACCAGAAACUGGUCCCCGUCCAGCUCCCCAGGCAGGUCUCCUUUAUGCCUUUAGUUUCAUGGUCUGGUAAGGAGGAGUUAGGUUACAGCAGUAGAGGUAAGUUUUUUCACUGCAGAACCUUCACAUAUUUGGAGGUGGAUUCAGUUCGUGCAGCAGGAGUUCCUAGAUGCGUCUGUUGCACUGGGGGUGCGCUCCCGCAUGACUGGAUGGGGGGGUCCUAGCACGUCCCAGCUCUGGCUCCGUCCGCAUAGGAGCCCCACGGCAGAGGACGCCAAGGGCACCUGCCUGCAUCCUGAGCUGUCAGCGUUCACCCAUUUUUCUGCUCAGGCUGCCAUACGCUGUACCCCCCAACCCCUACCCAGUUUUUCCAUCUUGUUGACAGCUUGUAGAGAAGAAAGUGGAAUUCUUUUUAUAGCUGAGUCCUGAAUGAUCAGGAAAUGAAUUGCAAACAGCAAUUAAAGUUUUACUAGAAAAGCAGUAACGUGCCUAUUACCUACAGCCUGUCUCCUCAGACUUUUAUAGCUUUCCAGCGAUAGCUGGAAAUGUGAUAUUUUCCAUUCAUAACUGUCUGGUAACUGAAUACUUUUAACUACAUUAGCCCAUUUAGAACUUUCAGUCUUUAUAAAUUUCAUUUAAUUUUGCUUCAUUUAGUUAAGCAGUUGGUAGUUUGCAAGUUCCUGAAAUAUCUCAGUCCUUGAGUUCAGUGUCAGACACUUUUGGGGUGGUGUUCAGGUGAACUCGGACUCCUUAUUUGACUUCAAGCAGGUGCUAUAUUCCAGCCAUAAACAUUAAGGGGAAAACGGGAAGCUGUUCUGCCUUUGAGGCCACUGGGGGGAUCUGUGGGGUUUCAGGAUGGAUACAGGUAGUCCAUCUACCUAAAAUUUUAAUUUCUUUACAACAUUCGGGCAAGAGAAUGGAUCAAUACUAUUUGCUAAUAAAUGAAAAAAGGAAAUAAACUCUGAAAAAAACACUUAAUAAACAUGUUUAUACUCUCA